AGGACAAAAAAAAAGGGAGGGGGAGGAAUGAGAAACGCAUACAGACAGAAGACUGUAUAGAAAAGGAACAAGUGAAUAUGAAAUGUAUGGAACUGUGAUUUUCUAUUCCAAACAUGCCAGUUCCAGCUGCACGACCUGCUGUCCCACCAGGGCCCCCUCGCCUGCGGUUAGAGGACAAGCUAUUAUCGUUAGAGUUCCGGCUCCUGGAUGCCCAAUUUAACGAGCCAGGAAAGUACCAACUGCAUCUUUGUGUAGAGAACCCUUUGCUGGAUAACUCAGUGGAAGGGAUCACAGUGAGAGUCAACCAUGGAGACAUGAUUCAGAGUAACCAGGCUGAGACUGAAAUUGCAGAGCAAGAAGAUCUCACAGACACACUUGCAUUUGAAAAGAAUGUCUUCUUCUUUGUCCUGCCAAAAGGACUAUGUAAAAAUGAUAAACACCAUGAUGUCAGACUGUCUAUUGAUGUGCUCAAGUUUGGAACAGGUCUUCUUAAGUCAAGCAAAAUCGUUGGACAAGCAUUAUUUGCCAUCUACCCUCGAACAAACCAGCCUCGCAUUAAUCUGCGUGCAGCACCCUUUGAGCCACUCUACAAUUAUCAGGGAGUGCUGGCACUUCUAAGAGUUGGAGGUGAUCAUUCGGCAAUGCAUUGUGGACGCCUUGCAUAUAAUGUAUGCUUUAGGGAAUACCAACCUCCAAAACCUGAGGAAAUUCCAGAAUCAGCCUCUCCUAUACCACCUGUGAUAAGAACCGGAAACUCACAUCCUGGAACUCCUAGAACUGACCAACUCCAGCUAAGCACUCAUCAAAAUGUCACACCUAGAGUACCUAGUCAUAAAUCCAGUAUAUCCAAGCCAGAAACUAACAGGUCAAUCCCUAUGCCAACUAAUACGUCAACUCCAAGGUCACAUUACAAUAUCCCUGCAAUUUCUGUAGAUCAAGAAUCUGAGGAGUAUGAAUCUUCUGAUGAAGAAGGCAGUGUAUCACCUCAAAGGGGCCAUUCACAGAAAGAUCAGGAUGAACAUGAAGAGAAAACACAUCGAACUUUGCCUCCUUCUGUGGUGCAUCCUGUAACCCAUAGGGCGCCCUAUGAUGCUCCUUUGCUCCUCCCUUCUCCUCCAAAAACACCGGCCUCCUUUCGAAAGACACACGUUUCAGAGAAGCCUCCAGGACAAGGGGACCUCAUACUUGGGGCUGAUAAAGAGAACAGACUCCUACCCUUACCUGGAAUGGAGAAGAUUGUUGUUACACUCCACUCAGCCAGACAGAUCCCAUUAAAUAGUGCUGGUUCUGUGCCAUCCCCAUUUGUCAGUCUAAAGAGCAGCAUUGAUGAGGAGACAGGAACUCAAGCACAAAGUGUAUCACAUGUUGCCCUCACUGCAACCAACAAUCCUGUGUGGGGGGAGACCUUAACUAUGACAGUAAAGGAGGAAGAGGCACACCAAGAAGAUCUUAUCCUGACUGUGGCUGAUAAUCUUUCGCAAGAACUUCUCCUUGACUACCGACUUCCUGUACAUAUGCUGCAACCUUUCCACCCAUAUCAUCUAUGUCUGGUGCAGCCACAUGAACAGGGUGCCGGUGAAUGCCAUCUUUAUGUCAGCAUUGAACGUAGAAGUAGCUCUAUAGCUCAGCAGAGUGGGUUCACUUAUAGCGCUUUACAGGUUCUUCUUGUCGGGAUAGAAUCUCCACUUCAGGGACAUUCUCAUCCUCUUUUGGCAGUAGCACGAAUUGUUCCCAACUACAAAGAUUACAGCCAGACCCACAAGCCUCCUGGUAUGAGUGGGGUACCUCAUGUCACAGCUACGUUUCCAGAUCCUUCUCCGUCUUCAUUCCUUGUGCCACAAAGAGCCACACAAGGACACCCACAGAUUUCCUCUCCUGGACUGCCACCAUCCCAACCUAUAUGGAAUUCCUCCUAUCUGUUUCAGGGAAGAGAUGGGGUGACCCUCUUCAGUGAAGGAGCAGCACUAGUCCUGGAAUAUUACCCUGUCACUUCCGAAUCCAGACGUGUUCCGUGGCAUCUUUCUCAUUAUUGUGGCUUCUCGGUUAUCCCUUUGGACACAGAGAUCUAUCACAAGUUGAUGACGGGCAAUAGUAACAAUGCUCUCACUUUAACUAGUGUGCCGAUACAGGGAACAGAACUGAAGACUGCAUCCGGCGGGACUCCCACUGUGUCAUUGCAGCUGUUGCUACUGAAGUCUGAGCAUCCAGAGGUUUUUUUGAGUCCAUCAGAAGUACAGUCUUCUAUUGAACAACACCCUACAAACAACACACAUGAAACCCUUAAAAAUGCAAGCAGGGGUGAGUUACAAAAAGAUGGACCUUCUUUUCCUUCCUACAAUGCAUUGGCGGAUAUUCUUCCAGACCCAUGGAUUCAGCAGACACCAAGAGAACAGAAGCCUGCAAACACUGCGAGGCUUCCAGAACUUCCCAACACAAGCUUUCCUCAACAACACCUGAGUAAUAAUGUGGAACUGCCAGCUGACCCAGUGAUGGAGCAUCAGGAACAGGAGUUGGCAAACUAUCGGCUGGCAAUGCAGCGUAUGGCAGAUGACAUCAUUACUCUUCGCCGUCAGAUGAGUGGACUGGAGGCAGAAAACAGUACUCUCCGUAGUGAACGUAGCCUAAACGAAGAUCUGGGACGCACCCUCCUCAGUGACACAGACAUUGAUGUCAUGACAAAAGCUGAAUUAGCUGACCGAUUGGUGACUCUAAAACAGAAACUAGCAAGUGAAACAUCGGAGCUGCGCGGCAUGAGAGACCGGGUCCAGCAGCUGCAGAAUGAAUUAGUCAGGAGAAAUGAUCGGGAGAAGGAACUACUCCUACUGCAAAGAGCACACCAACAGCAGCAGACUGUGCUAAACCAGUACCACCAGAGACUGGGACGGGCUAAAAAUUUACAGGACACUGUGCGGAAGCAGGAGAAGGUAAUUGAGAAAAUGGAAAAACUCUUGGACAAUAAACUCAGGGAUGAGAAGAAGAGUCGUAUUGACAAAGGAGACAGAGGGGUUCGAGUUGAUACUCUGCAGGGAGAGGUUUAUUCUACAUUGCUAGCUGAGAACGCACGUUUAAGGGAAGAACUGGAUAAUGCUCGACAACCGACGACAGUGUUCACUCAGAUCCUGCCGGUUCCUGAACAAUUAACCGACAGCGAGAAGUUUUCUCUUCUAAGCAAAUUGGAAAAGUCACAAGCAAGAGUACAGAGCCUAGAGAGAGAGCUGGAAGAGUCAGCCCGGCGAUGGGGCCGUGAUAAACAGCAACACCUUACACAGAUUUCAGAGCAGCAGAUGGGAUUCAGCCGGACCCAGACCACUAUCUUGCACCACUUUCCUACUAAGGACCAAGACCCUCCCACGAAGAGACAUGUCAAGCUUGAUCCUUUAAUUUGAGUUUUACAGAACUACAAGAGAACAAUAAAAAAAAUGUAAACUGUUACAAAGCAAUGGAGAGAUACCGUUAUGAAGGUGAUAAAGCAUUUUGCUGGAAUCCAUUUGAAGCUCCCAUUCCUGGUGAUAUAAGAGAGAGCCUAUUAGAUGGUCAUAAAAUGAUUCUGAAACCACCCAGGAAAACACAAAGAAAACCCAAAGACGCAGGAUGCCGGGAAGUGUAUUGAAUGAAAGAAAUUAUUUAUGUUUUAACCCUUUUUUUAAUUAAUGCUGAAAGUGGUAAAAUAAAUUGUAUUUUAUAUAGAACACUGAAUGACUUGACCACAUGCACAAAUAAAAUAUUACAUUUUUUUGGGCACUA